AACAAUUUUGUCGGCUUUUACGCCAAAGAGUGCCAAAUAACUAACAAAACCAUUGAUUUGCGAGAUAUGAAUGAAUUGACAAUAAUUACAUCAAACGAUAUCGAAAUGGAAAGCGAUAAUUCAGUGAGUGUUAUGUCAUUUGAAGAGUUCAGAGAAGUAUUACAACCGAUGGCCAGUAAUAACAAUACUAUUACACCGAUUGGAAACAAUAAUGGCCAGAGACAAGUAUCCCAUAACAGCUUUUACCAUAAUACUUUUGAUGAACUCAAUCUGAUAAGGAGGGGUGCGUUCGGCGAAGUGUUUAGAGUGAGACAUAAAUGGGAUGGAAUUGUGUACGCGAUUAAAAAAGUCGAGUUCCCUGCCGACGAAAGUGAUAGACGUCAACAGCGAGUGCUAAAAGAGGCACAAAGUUUGGCAAAACUGAGCUCACAAUAUGUGGUACAGUAUCACAACUCGUGGCCCGAAGACAAUGUCCUAUACAUUCAGAUGGAGUAUUGCCCGCAAAGUCUGCGCAAACUAUUGGCCGACAAAGCGCUGGCAUUUGGCAGACAAUCGGCGGCCGAACUCAUGAAAGCAUUCGAGUAUUUCAUUUCAUGUGAAAUAUUCAAAGAACUCUUAGAAUGUGUUGAAUAUAUUCACGGAUUGGAUCCACUGCUUAUUCAUCGGGACAUUAAACCGGACAAUAUAUUAAUUGAUCCCAAAUUCAGGUCCAAUCGGUGCGUAAAACUGUGUGACUUUGGUUUGGCCACAGUUCACGACCCGAACCUACACUCUGACAGCCACUGCCAUACAUCAGGUGCGGGUACUCCUGAAUAUAUGGCGCCCGAAGUAUUUAGCGGCAGAUAUAAUCACAAGUCAGACAUAUAUAGUGUCGGUCUAAUCGGGAAGGAGUUGUUUGGCAUAGAUUUCAAUGUCUCGCAAUCAUUUGAAGCAAAUGAAUUGGUAGUCAAGGCAUGCAUACUAUGUAUGUCUCAGACGCUGGUGAAUAUGAUGGCAAUUGUGUGGAGACAAAGGCCUGAGUGUCGGCAAGUGUUGGCCAAACAUAACGAGUGGUCUAUCGAUAACAAUAAAUCCAAUGUAUUAUUUGUGAUAAAUAAUAUGGUCUAUGGUUUUGGUCAUAAUGGCAACGGAUGUCUUGGAUUGGGACACAACAGACCCGCACCACAACCGCAAGAGAUACCAGAAUUGCGUAAUCAAAGUAUACAAUACUUUGUCAACGGAUAUAAUUUCAUGUUAGCAGUGAAUGCCGUGAAUAACGUAUUUAGUUGGGGCGUCCAAUUGGCCCAGGGUCAAACUGUAUAUUUAAGACCACAGCUUAUACAACAUUUUAGCGGUAAAAAUAUUGUUCAAAUCAGUUGUGAUUAUUCCCAUUCACUCGCCCUCACCGGUGACGGCCGGGUGUAUGCCUGGGGUAACAACUAUUACGGACAGAUUGGAUGUGGAGAUGGCAUUGGAUUCACUAAUACACCGAUUGAGAUGACGUUUGGCUUUAAUUGUAAAAUACAAUCCGUUUAUUGUUAUAACGACUCUUCGUUUGCCAUCACAUCCGACGGCCGUGUCUUCAGUUGGGGUGAGAAUAGUUACCAUAGAUUGGGACACAAUAUAACCGAAGAUAAGUUCAGAGAAGUAUUACAACCGAUGGCCAGUAAUAGCGAUACAAUUACACCAAUGGGAAGCAAUAAUGGCCAGAGCCAAGUGUCUCAAAACAACUUAUACCAUAAUACUUUUAAUGAACUCGGUCAGAUUGGGAAGGGUGGGUUCGGCACUGUGUUUAAAGUGAGACAUAAAUUGGUUGGUAUUGUGUACGCGGUCAAAAAAGUCACCUACCCCGCUGAGGGAAGUGAUGGACGUCAACAGCGAGUGCUAAAAGAGGCACAAAGUUUAGCAGAUCUGAGCUCACAAUAUGUGGUACAGUAUUACAACUCAUGGCUCGACAACAAUGUGCUAUACAUUCAGAUGGAGUAUUGCCCGCAAAGUCUGCGCAAACUAUUGGCCGACAAAGGGCUGGCUUUUGGCAGACAAUCAAAGGCGGAACCGAUGAACGCAUUCGAGUAUUUCAUUUCAUGUGAAAUAUUCAAAGAACUCUUAGAAUGUGUUGAAUAUAUUCACGGAUUGAAUCCACCGCUUAUUCAUCGGGACGUUAAACCGGACAAUAUAUUGAUUGAUACCAAAUUCGGGUCCAAUCGGUGCGUAAAACUGUGUGAUUUCGGUUUGGCCACUGUUCACGACCCGAACCGACACACUGACAGCCGAUACCAUACACCAGGUGCGGGCACUCCUGCAUAUAUGGCGCCCGAAGUAUUUAGCGGCCGAUAUAAUCACAAGUCAGACAUCUAUAGUGUCGGUGUAAUCGGGAAGGAGUUGUUUGGCAUAGAUUUCAAUGUCUCGCAAUCAUUUGAAGCAAAUGAAUUGGUGGUCAAGUCAUGCAUACUAUGUAUGCCUCAAACGCUGGAGGAUAUGAUGAUAACUGGCCGGCGAUGGAAAGACAGGACUGAUUGUCGGCAAGUGUUGGCCAAACAGAACGAGUGGUCUAUCGAUAAGUCUGUUGUCACG